AUGACAUCCUUCCCGGGAUCCAUCCCGAGUUCAGUGCUUUCGAGCUGUACAAUUGCGUCCGAGCGGUCGGAGCGCAAGCGUCGUGACAACAUCAACGACCGUAUCCAGGAGCUGCUCAACGUGAUUCCAGAGGAGUUCUUCCAGGACUACUACCAGAAGAAGAAGGACCAGGAGUCCGAGAGCGGGACGCCGGGCGCUCUGCCCAAAAACAAGGGAACUGGGACGCGCGACGGCAAGCCCAACAAAGGCCAGAUUCUCACGCAGGCCGUCGAAUAUGUGACCUAUCUGCAAAACCAGGUGGAUCUGCGCAACCGCGAAGAGGUGGAGCUGAUCCUGAAGGUCAAGGAGCUGUGUCGGCAGACGGGCAGCAUCGUGAACGACGUGAACCUAGAAAACACCAGUGCCGAGCUCGCGCUGGCGAAGAUCGGCGUGGGGCCACUGGCAGGCGUGCUCGGGGAGUACUGCGGCACACAGGGCAGCAGCACGCAGGGCAGCAGCAAGCCGCCACAGGAGCGCAACAACAACUUCGAGUAUGGCGGGUACGCCGAGUACGGGGACGGCGCAUGA